UCUUUAACAAAAACGCGGAAACAAUAGAGGUACUCAGUUUGUCAAAACAGAUAACACCGAGUCGGCAGAAAGUGAGCGUAGUUGUCGCUGACAGCUGUUAACACCUAUCUUCUGCCAGCCUCUCUGAAAGACUUUCCAUGGCUCUGAAGAGAAUACAGAAGGAGUUAAAUGACCUACAGAGGGACCCUCCAGCUUCAUGCUCUGCUGGACCUGUUGGGGAAGACAUGUUUCACUGGCAAGCUACCAUCACAGGACCGAAUGACAGCCCAUAUCAUGGAGGAGUUUUCUUCCUUUCUGUGCAUUUCCCCACUGACUAUCCCUUUAAACCACCAAAGGUUGCCUUUACAACGAAAAUCUAUCACCCAAACAUAAACAGCAACGGUAGCAUUUGCCUUGACAUCUUGAGGUCGCAGUGGUCACCUGCACUUACAGUAUCAAAAGUUUUAUUAUCCAUAUGCUCACUGCUUUGUGACCCCAAUCCAGAUGAUCCGCUAGUCCCUGACAUCGCACAUAUUUAUAAAUCAGACAGACAAAAGUACAACAAAAUAGCCAGAGAAUGGACCCAAAGGUAUGCAAUGUGAUGGACUGACGUUUCCGCUGCAAAGUCACAUCCCUGAGCACCUCAGGAUACGACAGUACUGUUUAACUGCUUUAUCCACAUUGGUUGUAACUGAGGUGUUUGAUAUGCUUGAAGCACUUUCUCUACUCAGACCUUACUUGACUUAACUGCUUUUAGUGUUUGUUUUAUUUUCUUUUAAAUUGGCAUUAUUGUUAUUAUUAUUAUUAUUAUUAUUAUUAUUAUUAUUAUUAUUAUUAUUACUACUACAUUGGAUGUGAGCUGGAAGAUUGUAAUUUUUUUUUAGACAUUUUUGCUGUAUGAGACAAGACUGAAUUUAUUUUCCAUAAUUUUGCAUUAAAAAAAUUAUACAAAAAGUGAAUUUAUAAUUGUUUUUAAGGAGUAGUCAUCACUAAACAAACUGGUAUUUCUAUAACCAAGUCUUAGUGUCAUAAACUAACCACUAGAUGGCAGUGUUUACUUUUUACUGGCCAAUCUUCGCUGGUGGAUAAUUUAAUAUUCAUGUUUGUGUUACAUUUAAUUUAGGUCCAUUUGCUAAAUAGUUACUUGUGUGGAUAGUGGCUGUUAUGGAGUCUUGCUCUGGCUAUGAACUGAAAAUGAGGAGACUUGUUCUGUCAAUUGAAAUCAGACCACCUAUUAUCAUCCCCUCUGCUCCUUGCAGAACGUUUGCUUUGUGCUGGUGAAGUUGGUGUCUCCAUGUUAAUAGAGCACCUCCUGUUUAUAAUCAAAUGCAAGCAUGUUUACCCAGCUGUUAUUACAGUAUUUUAUAACUGCUUUCACAAAGUGUCUUUAAUUUGCAAACCACAUAGCACUUAACAGUUUAAUCAUAAAUGUAUGACAGUGUACAGAAUGAAAAUAUCUCUGUUAAACUGGAUUUAAAUCUUGCUGCAUUUUAAAAUAAAGCAAUCUUUGCUAAUU